UAAGGUUUACAGUCUAAGCUAUUUAAAAUAUGGACGUAAAAUCAUAUAUAUAAAGUUCGAGAUAUUGCCAGACAAAUAUAUAUUCUCGAGAUGCCGUAAAAUUGAAUCCCUUCCUCCUCGCCGUCUCCAUCGAGCUUCGGUCUACAGAUAUCGCCUGCCUGUGUUGGGGGAAGUGUUUCAGAUCGCCUGCCUGUGUUGGGGGAAGUGUUUCAGAUCGCCUGCCUGUGUUGGUUCCCCGUGGAGGAUUUUAACACGGCCAUGGACGAGGAUUGGGAGACUGGUGAAGCUGCAGUAUCAGUUGCCAGUGCCAGUGACGCACAGAUACCCGAGUUCCUGAAGAAUUCCUCUGUGUCAUUCUUCAGUAAUGCGGGUGUGGGCAGAGGAGGGGGAGGGUUUGACACCACAGACGACCCCUUCGCUGCCUUUGGGAACAGCUCUAAUGGGCAGUCCUCUGGGUUUGGUGGGGGUGGCGUUGUGAUGUCCUUCGACGAUGAUUUGCCCUCGUCUUCCUUUGGUGACAACAAUGGUUUUGGGGGAGACAGCCGUGGACGAGGGCAGGGCCGAGGGCGUGGCCGGGGCAGGGGACGUGGUGGCGGUGAUGGUGGUGGUGGGGGUCGGGGAGGAGGCAGCUGCUACAAUUGUGGCAAGGAGGGCCACAUGUCACGAAGUUGCCCCAAGAAGGAGGGUAACUCUGGAAUGGACUUCUUUGGAGGAAGUGGUGGUGGUGGUGGUUUUGGUGGCAGUGGUGGACGAGGAGGAAACUGCUUUAAUUGUGGCGAGGAAGGUCACAUUUCACGGAACUGCCCCAAGGAGAAGACAAACUCCAGGAGGAACAAGUCUGAUGGAGAUUCCUUCGGUGGUGGUUUUGGCACUUUAGACAGCAAAGGCACAGGGGGCAAAACAGAGGAACCUGAACGACCACCACCUCUCUUCUGCCCCAAGGAGGUGGAGGAGAGCAUGCUUUUUGACCUGGGUGUUAAAACUGGGGUGAACUUUGAGGCUUAUGACAAGAUACCCAUGAAGGUGACUGGAGAGGAGCCAAUACCUCCCCCAGUGACCACCUUCCAGGAGAUGAAUCUGCGUAAUGUGCUGCUGGAGAACGUGUCUAAAGCAGAGUUCCCGAGGCCAACACCUAUUCAGAAGUACUCCAUCCCCAUCCUCAUGAACCAGAGGGACCUCAUGGCUUGUGCUCAGACCGGCUCAGGCAAAACGGCUGCCUUCUUGCUGCCCAUGCUGCAUUAUAUCUUGGAGAAUGAUAUUGAGAGCCACAGUUUUGAAGACGUGGCUCAGCCUGUUGGACUUGUUCUUGCUCCAACCCGAGAGCUUGCUAUCCAGAUCUUCCAGGAGGCAAGGAAGUUCUCAUUGCAGACUGUGAUCAAGAACUCCUGUAUUUAUGGAGGAGUUGCGACAAAUUUCCAGUUGAGGCGUAUGAAGGAGCAAGGUUGUCACAUCAUAAUAGCAACACCAGGAAAGCUGCUGUUCUUCCUGGGAAUGGGGAAGAUCAGCUUGAAGUCCCUCAAGUUUUUAGUGUUUGAUGAGGCUGAUCGCAUGCUUGACUUGGGCUUCAUUGAUGACAUGGAGAAGCUGGUGGCACACCCUGACAUGCCACCCAAGGGGGAGCGACUGACCAUGAUGUUUAGUGCAACUUUCCCUGAGGAGGUUCAGCGAUGUGCUCUGCGCUUCUUGGACAACUACCUGUUCCUUGUUGCGGGACAGGUUGGGGCAGCAAAUAAGGAUGUGUGCCAAACUAUUGUGCAAGUUGCAAAAUUUGAGAAAAGGGAUAAGCUUGCUGAAUAUCUUCGGAGCUUUGAAGAUAGCCAAGAGAAAGUUUUGGUGUUUGUUGAAAUGAAACGUCAAGCUGAUUUUGUGGGAACGUAUCUAAGUACUAAUGGAUUUAGAUCGGUUACUCUUCAUGGAGGUCGCUACCAGGAGCAGCGUGAGGAGGCUCUGUCUGCCUUUAGGUCAAACCAGUAUAGAGUGCUUGUGGCUACCUCAGUGGCUGCUCGUGGGUUAGACAUUCGAGGCGUAGGAUACGUCAUCAAUUAUGACCUUCCAAAGUCUGCCGAUGAGUAUGUGCACCGCAUCGGACGAACAGGACGUGUUGGCAAUCGUGGCCAGGCUGUGAGCUUCUAUGACCCAGAGCAGGACUUAAACUUGGCCAAAGACUUGGUCAGGAUACUCACAGAUGCUGAACAAGAAGUGCCAUCAUGGUUACGCUCAGCUGCUGAUGGAGGAGGAGGAGCAACAUACUCUGGCAGUGGCCAGUUUGCUUCCACAGACAUCAGGAAUCAGAAUGAUGGGUUCGAGGCAUCAGGUGGGUGGUCUCACCUGGGAGGUCCUGUUGCACAGGAGGAUGAUGAUGUGUGGGAUGACUAGUACAACUUUGUUGAAGAUUGCCUUAUUCAUAGACUGCUUCACAGUAUGUACUCAUUAUGAGGGAGUUGGUGGUAUGCAAUUAUCUGGCAAGGUUGGCCAAGUUUGGUGUGGUAAGGAUGUUAAUCUGUUCCUGCACUGGAUGAAGUAGAUCAUUGCACCUGCUUGUAAUGUUUAGUUGGUCACUGACACCAUCCCAAGCAGACAUCAGACAGUCAUGUAGAGAUUAAUGAAUAAGGUGUUCAGAGAAAAAUUCUUAAAAUUUUGUUAUCAUUAAGUAUUUCUUUAAAUGUACUGUUGAUAUUAUGAGUGAUGCCCUUAUUUGUGGGUAUAUUGUUAUUUGUGCUAAUAACAACUGAAUAUUUUUUAAUGCCUUUGGUAUAUACCUGAACAUGAAACUUGUAUAACAACUGAGGAAAAUGUUUUUUGUUUCAUGUAGAGGGCCUUGCAGGAAUGUUUGUCAAUGUAUUCAAGUCUGCUAUACUUAGUGCACUUUUAUUUAAUGUGGCCUGCUGUGCUAUAUUCAGGAGAUUUUGAUGGUUUCUUGAGUGCCCAGAGCUGUACAUUAUGCAUAGGUGAGGUUAUUGUAAAAUUAGAAUCUAGGUGUGGCAGGCAUGCAUGAAAUAUGAGGUUUCUUAUUUUUUUGUAUCUUUAUUUGAUGUACCAUUGAACAAAUAUAGAUGAUGCUGCUAUGUAUAUAA